AAUGUGACAAGUGACGUUGACAGUUGGAACGAAAAUUGUGCUUGUAAUCUUCCACCUAAACAGAUUUAAAUAGAACUUUCUUAUUUAAAAUAAAAUAGUAAAAUGCCCGAUCAUUUGGGAGAUGAUAUGCGAAAAAUUAAGGAUGAAAAAGAAGAGCCAGAAAAAGAAAUAAAAGCUUUGGACGAAGGUGAUAUAGCACUUCUAAAGACUUAUGGGCAAGGACAGUAUACUAAAACUAUAAAAACGUGCGAGGAAGAUAUCCAAACUAUAAUAAAAAGAGUCAACGAAUUAACUGGGAUAAAAGAAUCCGAUACAGGUCUAGCACCACCCGCUUUAUGGGAUUUAGCGGCCGAUAAACAAACUUUACAAAACGAGCAACCUCUGCAAGUGGCACGAUGCACUAAAAUCAUCAACGCCGACACCGAUGAUCCCAAAUACAUUAUAAACGUUAAACAAUUCGCAAAAUUCGUAGUCGAUUUAGCGGAUUCUGUAGCUCCUACCGAUAUAGAAGAAGGAAUGCGAGUCGGCGUCGAUCGAAACAAGUACCAAAUUCACAUUCCUCUACCCCCGAAAAUCGAUCCCACGGUAACUAUGAUGCAAGUAGAAGAAAAACCUGACGUCACUUACAGUGAUGUGGGAGGUUGUAAAGAACAGAUUGAAAAAUUGAGAGAAGUCGUCGAAACGCCUUUAUUACAUCCAGAAAAGUUCGUUAAAUUGGGUAUCGAACCGCCCAAAGGAGUUCUUCUUUUCGGUCCCCCCGGAACCGGUAAAACCCUGUGUGCUAGAGCUGUAGCCAAUCGAACCGACGCCUGCUUCAUUCGGGUCAUUGGAUCAGAAUUGGUUCAAAAAUAUGUUGGAGAAGGUGCGAGGAUGGUUAGGGAGCUUUUCGAAAUGGCGAGAUCCAAAAAGGCAUGUCUGAUUUUCUUUGAUGAAAUCGACGCUAUCGGCGGAGCUAGAUUCGACGACGGUGCAGGGGGCGAUAACGAGGUUCAACGUACCAUGUUGGAACUUAUCAAUCAAUUGGACGGAUUUGAUCCUAGGGGUAAUAUCAAAGUACUCAUGGCAACGAAUCGUCCGGAUACUCUAGACCCCGCUCUUAUGAGACCUGGACGUCUGGAUCGUAAAGUAGAAUUCGGACUUCCGGAUUUGGAGGGCCGCAGUCACAUUUUUAAAAUUCAUGCUAGGUCCAUGUCCGUCGAAAGAGAUAUUCGUUUUGAGUUGUUGGCGAGGUUAUGUCCGAAUUCGACGGGUGCAGAAAUAAGGAGUGUCUGCACUGAAGCCGGUAUGUUCGCCAUAAGGGCAAGGAGGAAAGUCGCAACGGAAAAAGACUUUUUAGAAGCCGUCAACAAAGUCAUCAAAUCGUACGCCAAAUUUUCAGCUACACCCAGAUACAUGACGUACAAUUAAUUCAUCGUCUACAAAAAAAAAACGAUUUCGUUUUUGUAUUUUUUUUUCAUCUACCAAUAAAAUUUAAAAAAAAUUAGGUUAAUAAAAUAUUCGUUUCAA